AUGCCGCCUCUGGCCGUCUUGGGCAAGCACCAGUCCAGGUGGAAUUACAUCACUGUCGAGGAUGUGCUGGAGGUGGCAGGGAAGUUCGAUCAGCACCGGAUACCCCUGGACUUCAUCUGGCUGGAUCUGGAGCACACGAAUCAGAAGCGCUACUUCACCUGGGACCCGGACCACUUCCCCAGAGAAGGGGUUCGGCGGAUGCUGGACGAGCUGAACAGGACCCAGCGCAAGCUGGUCACCAUCAUCGAUCCGCAUCUCUUCGCCGGUGAUGCCGACUAUGCCGUGGCGGCCCGUAUGAAAGGGCAGGGCUUCUUGGUGAAAAGGCCCGGCAACUCGAGCUCACCCGCCCAGGACUUCGAGGGGUUCUGUUGGCCAGGCCCUUCGAACUAUCCGGACUUCUGUGAUCCAAGAAUGAGGCGAGAGUGGGCGAAGCUCUUCGACUUUUCCUCAUAUCCCGGCUGGCCUGCCGAGAUCUAUACUUGGAACGACAUGAACGAGCCAAGUGUCUUUGACGGCCCCGAGAUUUCCCUUCCCAGGGACACCUUGCAUAGGUGCCAUGAGGAUGAGUAUAGCAUCGAGCAUCGCGAAGUGCACAACCUCUACGGCUUCUACGUGCACGAGGCCAGCACGCAAG